CUGUGCCUGGGUUCUGCUGCAAGCGCACUGCCCUGCAGAACCAUAACGUUCCCUUUCCUUAAGUCUCCCUGGGCGGCAGGGAGCGAUUUACCAAAAGCUACAAAUCGUGCGUGAAGCGAAGCUGAGGCUUUUGCUGGAGGGCGUUGGGAUUUCUUGAUGACAGUUGGAAGGCGCGCGCGCUCAACAGGCGCUGGAGCCUUGGAGCGUCCAGACUGUAGGGUUCCGAGCCUCCAAGCUGGGGCACUGGACGCACAAGGAGCAAUUCCAUUUCUUCGCGUGCCACCUGAGAGCUCAUGGAUGCUUGUGUGUUUAAAACGACAAAGAUCAAGUAGGAUCUGCAGGAAUUCGCGGAGUGGACACUUUGGAGAAUCAAAGCAAAUGCUUUAGUAAGCUGAGGGCCACGGUAUUACUACCGGUUAGAGCUUGUCUCACACAGAAAUUUUAGAGGGCGCUUCUCACCGCCAAGAAAGGUGUUCCAUUCGUGGCAGGUGCAGGAUCUUUCGCGCGGCCACGCCUCUGACAUCUCUCCUACGCUGGCUGUUUAAAGGUCUCCCUAGUGAAGCAGAGCGCUCGAGGAGAAGUCAGGGUGCAGAACGCCCGUGCCCAAUCCGUGUUCUCUGGCCUGUGACCGCAUUCGGCCCGCCCUCGGCACCUCUAUAAGAGCCACAGCGAAGAGCUCACCCGGAGCACCGCCCCCCAGGCACGCUACCUCUCCAGCUCCUCAAGCGGGGGUGCUACUGUUCCCAUAGCUGACACUACUUCCUUUCCUUGACUCCCUGCACUGGGUGGCUGAGCUAGACCCUUGGCUUCUCCUCUAAUCUCUUGCCCUCUCGGCUCUGGGCAGCCCCCCGCGGUGCUCCGCAGGUGAGCCGCACUGCAGCGCCGCGGUUUGGAGAGCUCACCUUGCUCAGAUCAGUUGUGGCCAGUGCAGAAACUCUGGUUGCUGUAGGAUGAAGAACCCAAUGCUGGAAGCUGCGUCCCUCCUCCUGGAGAAGCUGCUCCUUAUUUCCAACUUCAAGCUCUUUAGUGUGUGCGCCCCGGGAGGAGACACAGGGAAGAACCGUCCCUAUGAAAUCAGUUCUUUUCUCCGGGGCGACGUGUUGGAGGUGUCACGGACCCAUUUUACCCACUAUGGGAUCUACCUGGGGGAAAACCGUGUCGCCCAUCUAAUGCCUGACAUCCUGUUGGUCCUGACCAAUGACAAGGAACGCACUCAGAAGGUGGUCUCCAACACGCGUCUCCUCCCGGGAGUCAUUUGCAAGGUGGCCAGCAUCCGUGUGGACACAGUAGAGGACUUUGCCUACGGAGCAGACAUUCUUGUCAAUCACCUAGACGAGACUCUCAAGAAGAAGUCCUUGCUCAAUGAGGAGGUGGCACGCAGAGCUGAGCAGCAGUUGGGACUGACCCCAUACAGCCUACUGUGGAACAACUGCGAACACUUUGUGACCUACUGCAGAUACGGCUCUCGGAUCAGUCCGCAGGCUGACAAGUUUCAUGACACUGUGAAGAUAAUCAUUCGUGAUCAGAGGAGCUGCCUUGCUUCAGCUGUCUUGGGAUUAGCAUCUAUUGUCUACACGGGCCUGGUAUCAUACAUGACCCUUCCUGCAAUCUGUAUCCCAUUCUGCUUGUGGAUGAUGUCUGGCUAGUUUCAAGUCCCCAUAUGAAUGUGAAUAUGUAUGUAUUUUGUGUGGAAAUAUGUUUAUAUUUAUAGAGCACAAAACAUUAUAAGCAUUGUUGUUAAAAUGCGGCCCUCAACACUGUGUUCUAGAUAAAAAAGAAAGUGAUUAAGAAUCAUACAAAGUGCUUGCCAUGUAAGCCGAACAAAGUCUUUCCAAGUCCUCUGAGGCAGCCCUGCUGCAUGGCACCAUGAGCCCCUGAAGUGUGACAGCCUGUCAGAGCUCAGCAGCCCCAGAGAAGUGGCACCUGAGGUGACAGCCACAGGAGAUUAUGUAGGUUUUUCUUUUCCUCCUGUAAUCAUUCUGUUGUUAGGCUUAUCAGUUGAGAUCACUAACUUUAUUGUAAUGUAUUCUUAUUUAAUGACUUAUGAUAUUAAAGUGAAAAUUUUCCCUCACUUAGAUGAAUAUAUGUUUGGAAAUUAGUUAAAAAGAAACCAAAGCUCACAUUCUCUUUUGCCUUUCUUUAUGUAAUAAUAUAAUCUAAAAUAAGUCAAGAAUAUUAUUUUCAUGUUUUGAGACCAGUGUUGAAAGAGCUUACUGAGAGUAACUGGUCAGAAAGCAUGGAAAUGUAGAAACAGUGACAGUAGCUAUUUAUAUUUACUUUUGAAUAGCCUGAUACUGUGUUUUUCUUCUUUGUUUUUUUGUAUGCCUGUAUGACUAAUUUCAAAAAAGUAAAUGAAUGUAGGGUUGAAAUAAUUCUGGUAUUAGAUGUACAUAUGUGCCAUGUAAGUACACCAAUAUCUGCACUCACAUUGCUAGGCAAACUAUAUUUCUGGUUGCUUUAUUGUACUAGUAUCAUUUAUUAAUGAGGAUCUACAAAAGUGAACAUAAAAUCAAGUCCAGUGUCUUUUCCUGUGCCCUUGAAUCUAUAUGUGUGUGUAUACACACUAUCACUAGAUAGUUACUUUUAAAGCUAAAUUUAUUAAUGUCCUUAUUUUUAAAAAAGCCAGAUUUGUUUUACAGUUAAUUUUCUUUCCACUUUAAGUAUCAUUUAUGAACAUAAUAGAAGUGUGUCACAGCAGUAUAUAAAGCCUAAAUAGGUAGAGCCAAAAAAAUUAUUCUGAGAAAACUAGUAAUGUCAAGCAUUGAAGGUGUGUUCACUCACUCCACUGGGUUAGAGUGGAGACCUAGCAGUGUUAAAAACAUGUCUUCAAAACUGUCACUAAAAAUGACCCAGGUUGGAGUUACAUUUCAAGUACUAAACUGUUUUAUUAGCGGAGGUACAUGUAAUACCUGUAUGUAGGAGGUUGGAGCAGUAGAUAGAGAGCUCCAGGCCUGUGUGGGCUGAAGAACAAUAUUAUCUGUUGUCUGCUAACUGUCAAAAGUUACAAAACAGGCAUUGAAGAGAUGACUCAGCACUAAAGAGCUACUGCUACUCUUGAAGAGGACCAGCACCCGGUGGCUCACAACCUUCUGUAACUCCAAUUCCAGAAGAUUCAACACCCUCCUCUGGCCUCCAUGUGCCUAGCAUAUAUGGUAGACAAACAUACACACAGGCAAAACAUACACACACAAAAUUAAAAAUAAAGCUUAAACAAAGAAUCACAGAAUAGCCAAGCAUGUAAUCCCACUUGUGGGAUGUGGAGGCAGGAAUAUUGAGAGUUCAAGACUAGCCUGCUUACACAGUGGGUUUAAGACUCGUUUGCAUUGCCCAGAGGGCUCCAAGGCCAGCUUGUACUACAUAGGUAGUUCAAGACCACCCUGGGCAACAUGAGACCCAGUCUUAAAAAAACAAAAGAAUCACAGAACAGUGACUCACUCUUAUGGCAGAAAGAAGGAUUUGUCUUAGUGAUCCAACUGGAACAAACUAAAGAACAGAUUUUAGUUUAAUUGAGGUCUUAUUACCCAGUGUUUUCCUAUAACAAAUUUAGUUGGAGUAUAAUGAUAAUUAAACUUUGUUUAAUAUUCAAAUUAAACCUUUAAUUGCUUAAAUGAGUUAUAUCAGUAAAACAGGAGUGGAAAAAUCAAAGAAUAUCGGUGUUCUCUGGGCCUGUUCCAACUGCCUAAAUGCCCUAAGUAUCUGUCUGCCUGACAGACAUUGUGUUAGUGCCUUUUCCCUCUGCACUGUGAGAGUUGUUUUACAUGAAGUCAUUACAGCCCCCCUCCCCCAGACAUCAGUAUUGUAGGUAGAAGAAAAUACUGUUUGCAAUCCAAUCUGUGCUCACAGAUAGUGGUUCCUCCUUAUGUACUAUGGGAAUUCUUGAAGCUAGAAUUAACAGAAGUAGUCUUGGCCAUUAGUCCAAGACUCAUUUGUCAUUCAUUGGAUACUCAUUCUGUGCUAAGCAUUGAAGUGCUGCACCUUCAUGUUCUGGUAUUAUUUUACACUUUUUUGAGACAGGGUCUCACUUAAUAGAUGAGGUUUGUCUAGAAUGAAUUCACUCAUAGAGAGCCAUGUGUCUCCGCUUCCCAAGUACUGGGAUUAAAGAUGUGCUCACCACUCCUGGCCCAAGGUUACUUUCAUCCAGCUAUAAUAGCACAUAUGUAGUGUGGUGGGAAAUACAGAGAAAAGUGAAAGCAAUUCUGCUUCAGGAGUCAGGCAUUUUACUUGAAGGAGGCAAUAACAACCAGGAAGCUGACAAACUGUGAGGUAAUUUUGUUACUCUGACAUCAUUUUACUGUCCUUGGGAAGAGAUGAAAAGAAGUGAGGUUCUAUUUGGUAAAUGUUACAUAACACCAGAAUCGUUGAACUUGUAGAUAAGAGAAUCUCUUUUUUUUUUUUUAUUUGAUUAGUUGGUUAACAAGAUAGAAAUAAAGACGUUAGUUAUGAAAGAAACCUUGGGCCAAUCAUUUGUUUUCUAACCUGAGGUGGCAGGUCAUGAAUUUCUCUAGACUUUAUUAGUCAAAGCUCAUAUUUUUGAUCCAAGUUCAUGAUAUUAUAGUAUUUCUGUUCUGUCUUAUACAAUGAUAGCUAAGUCAUGUCUGACGCUGUUUUCAUCACUUGAUUUGUUCUUUGCAUAGAUGAAGGCCAGAGGACUUGAUGGGUUUAAGGCGACUUAAUGCAAGUGUCAGGGAGUAGGCUGUUUAUGGAAUGAAAAGAUAUAUGAGAUGAGGGGUAAAAUAUCUGGUCUAAUAGGCAUAGUUGCACUGGAGUUCGAGUGAUGGACAUCUGAAUAGAGCUAGCUGAAGGCACACAGAGAGAAGGGACUAAUUUUAGCUGCUGAAACCAAAAUCUCAGAGGGUAGGUACUAAGACCUCAGUGAUCAGACAGGUUCUGGAUAGGACAUUCCACACAUGGGAACAGCAUGGGAAUGAAUGGAGAUUGCCUAAAACAUGCAUCAUGAGUAGCUAUGAGGUAUUCUAUGUCAGGCAAAUACAAGUGGGUUAGGGGCUGCAGAGUAAGGGUGGUGACUAGACAUGCAGAAACACAAAGCAAUGCUGAGAUGGUAGAAGUCUUUUGUAGACCAAGAAGUUUGGACUGUAUGGAUAAGCAGUGGAGAACCUAGAGUACAGAAAGGUAACUUCCAAGAAUAAAGCAGAAUGAUGGGGUUGGGGAGGGAUAAAGAAACCUGAGAGGUUUAGCUCUUUACUGUGUCAGAUAAGGGUCUAGGCCAGUGGUUCUCAGCCUUCCUACUGCUGCGACCCUUUAAUGCAGUCCCUCAUGUUGUGAUGACCCCCCCAACCAUAAAAUUAUCUUCAUAUGCUCCUUUUUAAGGAUGUGUAAGGAAUUGGACUGGUUGUCUUAAUUUUGUCAGAACCUAUUUCUUACUUCCCUGUUUUCUAUUUCAUAUUGUUCAUGUGUAAGGCUAAAAGCUGCUUUUCAGGAACAUGGAGUUACUGUAAUGGCAAAGUCUUUUGUUAUGGGUAAGAAGCACAUGGACAAGGUUUUUAUUUUAUAUAAUCUAUUUGGGGUUUAAUGAACUUAGAUUAUUUUUUUAGUUAAACUAAGUUUAUAUUGAUACACAUGUAUUUUGAAUAAAAUCAGUUC